AUGUCUUCAUCGCCUCGAUCCCCGCCGACCGAUCUGACGAGAAAGCCAUCGUCGGCUACGGACGGAAGGACGGAGCGCGUCGGAGGGGUGAAGGGCGACGGUGGAAAGAAGAGCUCCGCCCCGCGAGGCGCCCUGGAACCUCGCGGCGUUUUGGUCCUGAAGACCCCUGCGGGCACGGGAAACGCCGUCACAGGUGCUCGGGCAUGUGGCCCGUGGAUUUUCAGUAAUCAAGUGCUUUCCUGUUCCCUUCGCGAUCCGGCGGAGAAGGCUAGCCAAACAUGCGGGUCGUCUCAAGGAAGCGCCGCACCCUCCUCGGCUCCUGGGGCUGGAGACGAACCAGGCAGCAGCGCGUCCACAACAGAGACGGCCCUCGUCCGUGUGCAAGACGAAAGAGGUGUUUCCUACGGGGUUGCUUACUAUAACCGCCACGCUUUGAUUAGUGCCCGCUUUCUCUCCGAGGACGCAGACGAGCUCAUAGACCACAACUUCUUUCUCAGCAGGUUUCGUACUGCUCUCCAGAGUCGGAUGUCCUUCUCUCGAUCUUUUUCCUGGAGCAUGCAUGGGCACAGUCAACGAGACACGGUGGACGUGUGCCGGAGCGAGUUCCACGGAGGCGACAAGGCGACAGAGGUCCGGGACAUGUUUUUCCGCCUGGUGAACGGAGAAGGUGAUGGGCUGCCGGGUCUCGUUGUAGACCUCUACGGAGAAUAUGCAUGCAUCCAAUCCCUCACCAGAGGCAUGGACAGUCUCAUGCCGCUGGCGACCGCCGCGCUACGCAGUCUCCUUAGCCUGGGCGGCAUCCUCGUUCGUCGAGACCGACCGGACCGGGCUCUCGAGUUCCCUCAUGCCGAAGGUGCCGGAGACACUGACAGGUCGUUUGCAGCCUGGAGAUCGGAGCCUGUAGUCGCCGAGGGUGUUAUCCCUAGUCACGUCGUCCUCGCGGAAAAUGGAUGCGCGUUUGCUGUUGAUCUACGGGCGCAGCCCGAGACAGGCAAGUGUUGGAAGAAACUUCAGCGCGCGCAGUGGAAAAUCCCCAGAGACAUUGCGCUCAACAAGAAACCCGUGGGGGCUCUGCGCAGGCAGUGCCUGGCAUGGUACGGAGCCCCGCCCCGGUGGCGCUUCGAUCGCAGAGAGUUUCGGCGGCAGGUCGCCCUGCUCAGCGCAGGCAAACGGGUUCUCGACCUCUCUGGACACUCUGCAGCGUGCGGCAUCACUUGCGUUCACCUGGGGAAGGCGGAUCGUUGCGUUGUUGUGGACAACAAUGAACAGUCAGCAAUGCUAGCCCUCAAGGGGAUGAAUCUUAAUGGAAUCACCAGCGCCAGGCUCGAGGUUCAGCAGGAAGACGUGGAUACUUGGCUAAAGAACUACGCAUCUCGGCUUGUGAGCGAUGGGGAUCCCUGCUACUUUGACGUUGUCAUUCUGGACCUGCCGAACCUCGCGUGGCGCAAGAGCGACGUGCCUGGCGCGAGGGCCUCCCUGCGGCAGCUGGUGGAGACAGUUGCGCGAGUCACGGCGCCAGGCGGCUACCUCGCGAUAACAAAUUCGAGCCGGCAUUAUUCUCAGGGCACCUUCCUCGCCGACGCAUCUGUUGCAUGCGCGAGCGCAGGACGUGAUGCGGUUUUGUGCGCGGAGGGCGGCGCGGGUUUCGACUUCCCGGUGGACGUCAGACUGCCUCGGUCUCCGGAGCUUCAGUGGACAAUUCUGGAGCUGUCCGAGCGGUAG